GCCUCCCGCACAGCUCAGCCCCGUGUGACGGUCGGCAACGAACGAAUGGCCUCUCUGACAGUUUGCAGCGAGCACCGUGCUGAACACUGAGCAUUUGUCGAAGAUGGAAGACGUUCCCGUUCUCGGUGGUUUAGGAGAAACCAAAGAAGUAUCUGAUGAUGUGCGAGAUCUCACCGAAAAGGUGCGAGCUGAAGCCGAGGAAAAAGCCGGCAAGAAGUUCGAAGUAUUCGAGCCAGUGAAGUACAAGACCCAAGUUGUGGCCGGAACCAACUACUUUAUCAAGGUGAAAGUCGGGGAGGACGAUUACAUCCAUGUACGCGCUCACAGAUCCCUGAAAAAUGAGGUUUCUCUGUGGGGAGUCCAGGAGGGCAAGAAGGCUGAAUGUGCUAUAGAACAUUUUCAAUGAAUAAAGUGAGCAGUUCCGUCAGA